AUGGAUGAUGAGUCGAAUGAUCCCAACUCUCCAGAAACUUAUCAAGCCAUGUGUCGCGGAGAUAUUGGUGUGCCUGUUCAAAUUUCCAGCAGAUUGACAUGUCGUUAUCUCACUGAAAAUCAUCCGUUUUUAAAAAUUGCUCCUUUCAAAAUCGAAACAGUCUAUAUAAACCCUGACGUUAUCAUAUUCCAUGAUGUUUUGAGUGAUGGCGAAAUAAAUAGCAUGAAAGAACUGGCCAAGCCCCGACUCCGUCGAGCUAGAGUCCAAGACCCAAUAACAGGUGAAAAAGUUCCUUCAGAAGAGCGCAUCAGCAAGUCAGCUAUCACCAUUGAGAAGUAUUUCAAUAUAUUUGCCACCAUUUCUCGCCGAGCGAUGCAUAUGACUGGUUUGAGUAUGGAGAAAACUGGCGAAAUCCAAAUGGCAAACUACGGAAUUGGUGGAUAUUAUUCAGCUCAUCAUGACUUUGUAAAUAAUAACACAUACGAGUACAUAAAAGGCGGUAGAAUAAUAGCUACUUUAUUGUUUUACGUAAGUACAAAAGUAUUCAGAUUGUCAAGUGUAAGUCGUGGUGGCGCUACUGUUUUUCCAUACCUUGGUGUAAGCGUGCCUCCUAUAAAAGGAGCGGCGCUAUUCUGGUACAACUUGCACUCUUCUGGAGAGCCCAACCAUGCGAUGCUACAUGCUGGUGGUCAAGAACUCAUUAAGCCCUUCAACCUGGAAUAUCAACCAGAGGGCAUUAAUGACAAGAUCCCUAGCCCAAUGUUAAAAGAAACAAGGGAAAGAAGAUUAUUUGAAGAAUACAAGCCAGUUCCUUUAAGACAAGAAAAAAGAUUGCCUCAAAACCAAGAAGAUAUCGAAGUUCACGAUGAGUAA